CCUCCUCUUCUCCGCAGAGACGACUCCACCAGGUAAGUUCGGACUCCGUUUCAUCUGCAACAAUGGUGACCGCGAAGAAGACCAAGAAGACCCAUGAGAGCGUCAACAACAGGCUCGCUCUGGUUAUGAAGAGCGGCAAGUACAGCCUCGGUUACAAGACUGUUCUACGCUCUCUUCGCAGCUCCAAAGGGAAGCUGAUUAUAAUCUCCAACAACUGCCCGCCUCUGCGAAAAUCGGAGAUCGAGUACUAUGCCAUGCUUGCCAAGAUUGGGGUUCACCAUUACAAUGGAAACAAUGUCGACCUGGGGACAGCUUGUGGCAAGUAUUACCGCGUAUCAUGUCUUAGCAUUCUCGAUCCAGGUGAUUCCGACAUUAUCAAGUCACUGCCUGGUGAUCAGUGAGAAACACAUGGAUUUUACCUCUUCAUCAAAGUAGCACUCUUUCUCUAAGGCUUUUGGUAUUGUUUUUUUCUGUUAUUGGAAUACUUCCCCAAUUUGUUUUGUAUCGACAGUUUUGUUUUACAUAUAGAGGACUUGUUCUUUAUUGAAUUCCUUUAUUGUUUUGCUUGA